AUGCUUUCUACACAUUGCUGGUCUGCAAUUGGGCCAGGCACACGCCAGUAUCUGAUCUAUCGGUCCUCUUUUGAUAUUUCCCAGCGAUCGUUGACUAACAGUAGACUUUUAAGUUAUCAAAGAUCAACAAAACAACAAAAUUCAUACGUGACGAAUAAUAUUAGACCGAAAUUGGCUGCAUGGAGAUUGAGAUACAAUGACUUGAGAAUCACAAUGAGCCAGUAUGCCAGACAAUUCUCCUUCCAUGCUGCAGUAUUCAAGAGCUCAAUCAGGGAAGCGAAUAGGAAGAUUGCAGAACAAGAGAAAGAUAAUGCAGACACUCGUUUGAACUAUAAUAACGAUGUAGAAACAAGUCAGAAGAUAGAGGGACUGCCCUCCGAAAGAGAAUUGCAUAGGAAGAGAUGGUCUAGGAAACUGGGGUUUUAUAUGGAUUCUCUACAGGAAACUUUGUUUACUGCAACAAGGGCAUUGAAUGAUGUCACUGGUUAUUCAGGCAUACAGAGACUGAAAAACACUAUUGAAAUAAUUGAAAAACAGCUAGAUAUAGCCAAAGGUAAUGUGAAACAAUACAAAUUACAAUAUGAAAAGGCAAUUGAUACCAGAAACAAAUCUCAAAGAGAGAUAAACGAAUUAUUACAGAGGAAAAGUUCAUGGAAUCCUAAGGAUGUUGAAAGGUUCACAAGUUUGUACAUGAAUGAAUCGAUAAAUUCCAAGAAAGAAGAACAACUGAAGGAACAGUUAGUCACUGCUGAGAAAAGAGAAGAUCAGCUUAGUGACGAUCUAUAUAGAGCAAUAUUGACUCGUUACCAUGAAGAGCAAAUAUGGUCUGAUAAGAUCAGAAGGACCUCAACAUGGGGUACUUUGGUACUUAUGGGAGUUAAUAUCUGUUUAGUAAUCGUCUUCCAACUAUUAUUAGAACCAUGGAGAAGAAAAAGAUUGACUAGAUCGUUCGAGGACAAGGUCAGGAUCGCCCUAGAUCAGUAUGAUACCAGAAGGGAUGCUGCUGUCCCCUUGCAUCAUUUCAACAAUGGAUCUGUCGAUCAAGAGGGUGGAGACGCUCUACCCUCAGAGAAGGCUGUCUUAGCGUCGAGAAAUUUUGUUACCAAGAUAAAGAUGAUCAUGAAGAAUUUGUACCAAAAAUUGUACGACGGUUUCAGGUUGAAAUCGAGUGUAACAUUCAGUGGUGCGGAAUUCUUCGUCUAUUCAGCUUUCCUUCUGGGAUUUGGAAGAAUCGUUGCAUUCAUAAUAUAA